AUGUGGCAGCACGACGCCGUGAACCGCGAGGCACAUACCUGCAGUGAAGGUCCAGUUGAGGACGGAGUGUGCUUGUGGGGCGGUGGUGGACGAGGCUGUGAAGCCGACGUAGAAUGCAGCAGUGGACGCCUUGGGCUGCAGGAUGGAGCAGAGCGACACUCGAGCUCGGAGAAUGGGAGUGGGGGGCUACUGGGGGUCCGAGGAGAGGAAGACUCGGAGGGUGCCGCCGCUGGUGGGGUCGUAGUGGAUCCAGGCGUGCUUGGUGUGGGCGUCGUUGAGGAUGAGAGGGGCCGUGGCAGAGGCGAGGGACACAGCAGGGCGCCAUCAGCAGAGCGCUGUGCCGAGCCAUUCAGCAUCAUGGGGGUGGCAGCAGAGGAGGCCACCACGGGGUCGACUGGAGAUGGGGAUGGGGAUGGGGAUGGGGAUGGGGAUGGGGAUGGGGUUGGGGAUGGGGAUGGAGAUGGGGAUGGGGACGGGGAUGGGGAUGGGGAUGGGGAUGGGGAUGGGGAUGGGGGCGGUGGCGGUGGCGGUGGCGGUGGUGGUGGAGGUGGUGGUGGUGGUGGUGGUGGUGGUGGCAGUGGUGGUGGUGGUGGCAGUGGUGGUGGUGGUGGUGGUGGUGGUGGUGGUGGUGGUGGUGGUGGUGGUGGUGGUGGUGGUGGUGGUGGUGGUGGUGGUGGUGGUGGUGGUGGUGGUGGUGGUGGUGGUGGUGGUGGUGGUGGUGGUGGUGGUGGUGGUGGUGGUGGUGGUGGUGGGGGGGGGGAUGGGGAUGGUGAUAUUAAGGCCAAAGCAAUGGCGAGGGGUAGUCACGAGGUUGAUAAACAGACGCGAUGA